UGUGGACGCCGGCAGCGCACGCAUGGGACGCACACGUCGUGAGCGUCAUCGCAGCGCAGCGCUGGCAGCGUCGACCACGGAAACGGCGGAGCGGCGGAAGUUACCUGGAAAGCAUGGAGGACACCUUCACUCCUCUGGACUGCUUGCUGCCAGCAGGAAAACAGAAGAUCUGCUUAUUGAUCCUUAACCAGCCACUGGAUGCAGACUAUCUACACGUGCUUUGGAAGAAAGCCGUGAUAAGGGCGUGUGCAGAUGGCGCGGCCAACCAGCUGUACCGCGCCACCGACGGCCACAGGGACAGCUUCCUGCCUGACUACAUCAGUGGGGAUUUCGAUUCCAUUACGCCUGAAGUCAAAGCUUUCUAUGAGGGAAAGAAGUGCAGGCUGAUCGAAACGGCAGAUCAGGACCUGACUGACUUCACCAAGUGCCUGGUCAUCCUCCUGGAGGAGAUUAAGCAGCGCCGUUUGCAGGUGGACACAGUUGUGACCCUUGGCGGCCUGGCUGGACGCCUGGACCAGACCAUGGCCUCCAUCGAGACCCUCUUCCAUGCCCAGAACAUGACGGAGCUGCCUGUCAUUAUCAUCCAAGGGUGUUCCCUGGCUUACCUCCUCCGGGCGGGCGUGCGGCACCAGCUGGACGUCAACACGGGCCUGGAGGGGGAUUGGUGCAGCCUGAUUCCUAUAGGGGGGCCCUGUGUGACCAAAACCACGGGACUCAAGUGGAACCUCGAUGGUCAGGUGCUGCAGUUCGGAAAGCUGGUCAGCACAUCCAACACUUAUGAGGCCCACAACGAGGAGGACAGGAGGCCUGUGACGGUGCAGAGCGACCGGCUGCUGCUGUGGAGCAUGGGGAUUCACAGGAAGUAGCCCGAGAAGCGUGGGGAUUCACAGGAAGUAGCCCGAGAAGCGUGGGGAUUCACAGGAAGUAGCCUGAGAAGCGGACGCAGGGAGCAAGAACAAGUUCAGUGCUACGUGCCUUCAAUUAUGAUUCACACAUGCGUGUUUUAUUAACACAGCCAUAUAUAAAUACAAAUUUUAUAUUUAAAAAAUUGUAAAAGAUAUAUUAAAAAGAUUUGUCCUCCAUGUAGCCAGUCAUCCAGGCACCAAACCACCUCUGAAAGACAAAACCAAGAGGAGUUAACAUCCAGGCCAAACUGAUUAAAUGAGACGCGCACACCACAUUAACUACAGCUGGUUCCUCCAUCAUUUAAAUGCACUUUUUCCCCAUAUGUAAUUUUAACCAGAAUUUUUGGUCCAGUUAUAUCACACUUAUGCAGGAGAUAUCAGCAGUGAUACAGUGGAUAAGCAUCCAAGUCAGAAAGUGCACAGCACUGUUCACAUCACUGCAGCAUGUGUGUGAUUAAAGAAAAAAGCAAAUUCUUUGUUAAAACCAUGUAAGGUUUUAAGGCCACAGCACCAAACCUGAAAUGGAAAACUUCAACUCUUCCAGUGAGAAAGUGAGAGUGAGAAGAAUGUGUAACGCUGUAGCCACACUGUUUAAUAAAAAAUUAUAAUUGUUAAACUAAAUGUGUCUU